AUGCUUUUUGGAGAGGUCGUACAGCAGAUGCCACUCUACUCAAAGUUCAUAAAAGAUUUGCUAACCAAAAAGAGCAAGUACAUACAUAGUGACACCAUUGUUGUGGAGGGAAAUUGUAGUGCAGUAAUUCAACGGAUCCUUCCACCAAAACACAAAGAUCCUGGAAGUGUCACUAUAUCAUGCUCUAUUGGUGUUGUGUCUAUUGGCAAAGCUCUCAUUGACUUAGGAGCUAGUAUUAAUUUGAUGCCACUCUCCAUGUGUAGGAGUUUAGAAGAGUUGGAAAUUAUGCCAACCAAGAUGACUUUGCAGUUAGCAGACCGCUCCAUCACUAGGCCAUAUGAAGUGGUUGAAGAUGUUUUGGUUCGAGUAAAGCAUUUCACUUUCCCAGCUGAUUUCGUUGUAAUGGACAUAGAAGAGGACUCUGAAAUCCCUUUGAUCUUGGGACGUCCUUUCAUGUUAACUGCCAGUUGUGUGGUCGAUAUGGGAAAGAAGAAGCUGGAGAUGGGUAUUGACAAUCAGAAGAUCAGCUUCGACUUAUUUGAGAAAGAAAAGCAGUUGUUGGACCAAAAUGUUUGUUUUGAGAUGGAUGAAGUUGAGGAAGAGAAGGUUCUAAAGGUUGGAACCAAGUUUGACCUUGAUCCAUAA